GACAAAGUCCUGCGUUAGCUUUAGCUUUAGCUUUAGCUUUAGCUUCGGCUAGUUGCGACUAGAGAAGUUGCUCAGCAAUUAUCGGAAACGCGCUAUUUAUUCUUCGAAAUAAAGCCAAAGCAAAUCUAAAUGUCUAAAUGUCGACCCUCACGUGGAUUGUGAGAUGAGCUUUUAUUUUGCAGAACCAGACCGGAAGUGUUCAGCGCCGUUGUUUUGACUUGACGGCGGUGAACUGUUGGCUAACAACAAUGAGAAGAAUAGAAGUGUAAAGCGAGCUGUACUGUUUGACUUCUACAAGGUUGUAACUUUCCCUCCGUCCCAACUGGAUGCAGAGACAGAUCAUCUUUUUUGCUCAUAAGACUGUUUGUGCAGGCCUACAAGCUCUCAGAACACCUGUCAGGUGUCAGCAGCUCCUGAAACUGUGUCGAGCCUUUUCAGCUGUUCAUCUCAAUCACUCCUCAUUGGUAUUCGAUAAGCACAGACUCGUCCAGAGCGCUCUUGCCCAGCCGUCCCUCCAUCAGUGUUUCUCCACAGAGCCAGACAUGGCAGAGCAGAGGUUCCUGGUGGAGUAUGCCAAACGAGGCACCGCAGGCUGUAAGAAAUGCAAGGACAAAAUCCAGAAGGGCAUAGUGCGGAUAGGAAAGGUCGUGCCAAACCCUUUCAGCGAGUCAGCAGGCGACAUGAAGGAGUGGUACCAUGUGAAGUGUAUCUUUGAGAAGCUGGAGAGAGCCAGAGCCACCACCAAGAAGAUCGAGGACAUCACAGAUCUGGAGGGUUGGGAGGAGCUGCAGGACGAAGACAAGGAGCUCAUUAAUAAACACGUGUCAGACCUGAUGGCCAAAGUCAAUGCUAGUCCAAAGAAGAAGGUGCAGGCCAAGAUGAACACCAGUGGUCAGCUGAUGGGUCCUCCUGCCGACCCAUCUACCAGCGCUCCACGCAAGUUCUCAGGCUUCACUGCUGCGAAGGCCGGCAGCUCCACCUUCAGCCCCGGACCGUCGUCUUCUCCCGCUAAAGUGAGCCAAGGCAGCGCGCUGUCGGCUCAGCUGUGUGAGCCGCAGCACAAGGACUGCCUCUUCAGAGAGUUCAGAAAGCUGUGUGCCACAGUGGCAGAACACAACAGCUACAACACCAAGACACAGAUCAUUGAGAAGUUCCUCAGGAAGGGCUCAGGAGGAGAUAAGUUCCACGGAGAUCUGUACCUGACAGUGAAGCUGCUCCUGCCGGGCGUCGUGAAGAGUGUCUACAACCUCAACGACAAGCAGAUCGUAAAACUCUUCAGCCGCACAUUCAGAUGCAACCAGGACGACAUGGUGCGAGAUCUGGAGCAGGGCGACGUGUCUGAGACGGUGAGGAUGUUCUUUGAAGAGAGUAAAUCAUUCCCCGCGGCAACCAAGAGCCUCCUGACCAUCCAGGAAGUAGACGCCUCCCUAAUGCGCCUCGCCCAGCUGACCAAGGAGGACGAGCAGCAGAGUGAGCUGGAGAGUAUCGCCAAAAAAUGCACCGGUAACGACCUGAAAUGCAUCAUUCGACUAAUUAAACACGACCUGAAAAUGAACGCUGGAGCUAAACAUGUUUUGGACGCUGUGGAUCCAAACGCCUACGAUGCCUUCAAGGCCUCCCGUAAUCUGGGCGAUGUGAUCGAGCGUGUGUUGAGGAAUCAGCAGGAUGCAUCGAACGGAUCAGGACCGAGGAAGCUGCUCACUGUGGAGGCCUCGCUCAUGACCCCCGUCCAGCCCAUGCUGGCGGAGGCAUGUAAAUCCAUCGAGUACGCCAUGAAGAAGUGUCCCAACGGGAUGUACUCUGAGAUCAAGUAUGACGGGGAGCGAGUGCAGGUCCACAAGAACGGAGACACCUUCAGCUACUUCAGCCGCAGCCUGAAGCCAGUGCUGCCACACAAGGUGGCUCACUUCAAAGAGUUCAUCCCUCAGGCCUUCCCUGGAGGACACAGCAUGAUACUGGACGCUGAAGUCCUCCUCAUUGACACCAACACCAGCAAACCUCUGCCCUUUGGGACUCUGGGUGUCCACAAGAAAGCCGCCUUCCAAGAUGCCAAAGUGUGUCUCUUUGUCUUCGACUGUAUCUACUUCAACGGUGUGAGCCUCAUGGAGAGGCCUCUGCAUGAACGCAGGAAGUUCCUCCACGACAACAUGGUCGAAGUCCCCAACAGGAUCCUGUUCUCAGAGAUGAAGCACGUCACGAGGGCAGGAGAUCUGGCUGAUAUGAUCACUCGGGUCAUCAGAGAGGGACUAGAAGGUCUGGUGCUGAAAGACAUAAAGGGCAGCUAUGAGCCGGGGAAGCGUCACUGGCUGAAGGUGAAGAAGGAUUACCUGAACGAGGGGGCGAUGGCCGACACAGCUGACCUGGUGGUGCUGGGAGCGUUCUAUGGAAAAGGCUCCAACGGGGGCAUCAUGUCCAGCUUCCUGAUGGGCUGUUACGACCCGGACUCGAAGAAGUGGUGCACGGUCACCAAGUGCUCUGGAGGCUACGAUGACGCCAUGUUGGCCCGGCUCCAGAAAGAGCUGGACAUGAUCAAGAUCAGCAAGGACCCGAGCAAAAUCCCAGGCUGGUUCAAAAUCAUCAAGAACUAUUAUCCAGAUUUCAUCAUCCGCGACCCCGAGAAAGCUCCUGUGUGGGAGAUCACUGGAGCAGAGUUCUCUAAAUCAGAGAUGCACACCGCCGACGGCAUCUCCAUCCGCUUCCCCCGCAUGACCAGAGUCCGCGAUGACAAGGACUGGAAGACCGCCACCAACCUGCACCAGCUCAAAGAGCUGUUCCGCAUCUCGAAGGAGAACUGUGACUUCAAGGUGACCGCUGGACCGUCUACGUCCGGAGAUGACAAAGGUUCGUCAGGAGGCGACAGCGGAGGAAACUCUCCACCAGCGCCGUCUCCUGGGAGAGCUCCGGCCAAGAGGACCAACACCAAAACUCCUCCCAAACCGAAGGCGGUGAAAUCUGAGCCUCGUACUCCAGGACCAGACGCUCCCAGCACCAAGAAGGUGAAGAAGAGUGAAAGUGUUCACAGUAACGGACAAACCAAAGCUAAGACGUCUCAGCUGCUGGAGCUGAAGAGCGACAAGACUCUGCUGGACAUCUUCAGUGGGGUGAAGCUCUUCCUGCCCGUCUCCACGCAGGACUUUGACAAACUGCGGCGGUACUUCGUGGCGUACGACGGAGACCUGGUGGCGGAUUACGAGGCCGCCUCGGCCACGCACACGCUGGCCGAACCAGAAGAAGACAGCCGGGCCCAGAGAGUGACGUCCGGCUGGAUCUGGGAGUGUAUCCGGAAGAGGCGCGUCGUCCCGCCCUGUUAAUGAGAACACAGAGUUUACUGCAACACAACUCUACGUCAGGUUUAACUACAUGAACAGUAACAAUAUGUUCACUCAGUUUAAUUUAUUCUCUCAGUCCCGUUCGUGUCACAUGAACCAGCCGAACGGAUCUUUUAGAUUGUGCAGAUGUUAAUUGGACGAUUGUGAACUGUUUACUGAUGAAAUGAGUUGUUUGAGUCUGUAGACGUAGUUUUUCUAAGAGAACAUUAAUGUCAAUCAUGACAUGCGUGUUCACAGAUCAGUGAGGACUGAAUGAUGUCAUUGUUUCAGUUGAUUUCUGGCGACAAACUUUAUUUGAUGAGUUUUAUUUUAACACCCGGCUCUCACAGACGCUCCGUGCAGACCUGGACAUGAAUACACAGCAGGAUCAUGAUCAAAGUGUUGUCAUUAUUUUUACUGCCUGAGUGAAACGUUUUGUGAGGUAUUAAAGCUGAGACGUGUCUUCCAUCAGGAGGAAACAGAACCUGAUAAACACAAUGAAACUG